CAUUUUUAUUCAGUUGCAAUGCAAAGGCAAAACAAUCUUAUUUUUCACUUAAAAUACGGAGCGCAGUCCAGCCCUCUGAAUCGACGAUUUUCGACUCUUGUUGGAGUCUCAUCGGACAGAGCGUAGGCCUGCUGCUCCAUACUUCAAGUGAUCAACACCGAGAGUUUAUCCCCCACACCGCAACUGACGUGAAUAGACUAGGUGACUAGCGUCAUCUGGCAAUUGGGUGCGAUAGUCGCUGCAUUUUGUGGCUCUGUGUUUUUUGAAGUUGUACUUCUUUACGCGUGAUAUGAGGGUGAAUUUUUAUAUGUUAAAACCUACGAUCAGGGCGCAUGCGCAUUAUAACUUUGUUCUGAUUGGAUGUUCAAAUGACAUGUCAAAAAUUAUCCAAUAUGGCAGCUGUGGUUUGGACGGUUGACGGUUUGGUUAUGUAUGGUUGUUGCGUUUUAAAAUUUGUGGGAAGAGAAACAACAAAGUUUUUACUCCUCGCUGCAUUCAUUGCUGUUGCCAGUGGCUACGAACAUCAUGAGGCCAUUUUUGGUUCCCAGUCGCACGCUGCCUAUGGUCAACUUCCAAUCCAAACAUAUGGUGCUCCUGUAGUUUACUCUUCUCCAAUUGCUCAACACUAUUCUGCUCCACUGGUUAACAACUACGCAGUUCCUUUAGCUCAUGUUUAUGCUGCUCAUCAUGCUGCUCCUCAUGCUAAAUCAUUUGUAAAUACAGUCCAUACUGGAAAUGCUCUCCAUGCUCCAGGUCUUCACGCUUUAAAUUUAUUUUAAUUUAUUAUACUAACUGUAGGCAUUGAAAAUAUUGUAACUAUGAUCGUUGAUAUCCAAUAAACGUAAAAUAACAAAA